ACAGCUGGUUGGCCAGUGCUGUUGGGCGAUCGAACGUUCGGUGACCUACAACACUAGAGGCGUUUUGGCGCAAUUUUAGGUUUUGGAGGGAAACUGCAUCUAGUGAAAAAUCGUGUGGCCACUUGUAAUUUGAGCAGUGCGCUGGCACGACGUGGUGACCGAUAAAAGAAUUAACAAGACUAGUGAAUAGUGAUUAAUAGCCAGACGUGCCCAUUUGCCAACCGAGCCCAAGUGCUGAUAGACCAUUUAGCAAGCUGCACUUUUAAUUAGGAAUAAAUAAACACCCAAACACAGCAAAAGCAAUGGCCCAGCCAUCGGUAGCUGCAUUUUUCACCAAUCGCAAACGCGCCGCCUUGGACGAUGCCACUGCCAUCAAGAACAGGCGUUUGGCGGAACCCGCUGAAAGUGCCACUCCUUCACAAUUGCCCACAACUGGCGAUGGCGACCAGGAUGCGGACUUGGACAACCUAAAGGCGGUGGCCAGCGGCGUUCGCACCAGAUCCGGACGCACUGCAGCCCGUCUGAUUGUCACCGCCAGCCAGGAGAGCAAAACCAAGAAGACACCAGCUGCCGCCAAGUUGGAUGGCCACGUAAAGCAGCCGAAGCUGGUGCAGUUCAUCAAAAAGGGCACCCUGUCGCCCCGGAAACAGGCCCAGUCCAGCAAGCUGGACGAGGAGGAACUGCAGCUGCCGUCGUCGGCCAACAGUGAGCUGACCCCUAAGCUGACCAUCACCACAAGCAGUCAGCAGAAUGCGGACAAUGUGCAGCGCGGCCUGCGCACGCCCACCAAGCAGAUCCUCAAGGACGCCUCGCCCAUCAAGGCCAGCAGCGGGGUGGAUCUGCGCCGCCAGCUCACCUUCGACGAGGUAAAGACCAAGGUCUCGCGCAGCGCCAAGCUGCAGGAGCUCAAGGCGGUGCUGGCCAGGAAGGCGGCCCUCGAGCAGAAGCGCAAGGAGCAGGAGGAGCGCAACCGGAAGCUCCGAGAGGCUGGCCCCUCCCCCUCCAAGGCGAAGAUGAGCGUGCAGCUCAAGGAGUUCGACACCAUCGAACUGGAGGUGCUGACCAGCCCCCUGAAGACCUUUAAGACACCCACUAAACUACCGCCUCCCACGCCGGACAAGCAUGAGCUCAUGUCGCCGCGCCACACGGACGUGUCCAAGCGUCUGCUCUUCAGCCCGGCCAAGAACGGAUCGCCCGUCAAGUUGGUGGAGGUGCCGGCCUACAAGCGCUACGCCAGUCUGGUGGAGGGAUCGCGGGCCGGACAACUGCCGCUGCCGUACAAGUACCGCCACUUGCUGGACGUGUUUAAGGGACUCGACUCGGUGGUGGCCAUGUUCCACAACCGCAAGGAGACGAUCAGCUUCAAGAAGCUGAAGCCGGCGGUGCAGCGCAUGCUGCGCAAGAACUUCACGGAGACCCACUUGGCCCAGAUCAGGCACGUCUAUCCGGAGGCCUUUAUCUUCAGCCAGGUGAAGACGCGCAACUUUGGAUCCGUGUCCAAGGCGGACUACUUCCAGCUGAUCAUCAGUCCCAAUGUGGAGCCGCUGCCCGAGCAGCAGCCGUCGGAGAAGCCGCAGCGCUUCGGCAAGAUCGACGAGGACGAUGUGCUCGCGUCGGCCCAGUCGACGUCCAUGAAUCCACACGUCAUGACGGCGCGCAUGCAGCGCUUCCAGAGCCUGCUCCUCGAGCGGGUGAUGCGAGCGCACGACCAGUUCCUGCGUUCCCAGGAUCCACCGAUCAUCAUUGACAAGGCGCUGACCCGCUGGCAUCCGCAGUUCGAUCUGGAGAGCUGCCCGGAGGUGGAACUGGCCCCGCUGCCCCAGCCCCCGAAUGUGGAGAAGUACUCCUCGGCCAAGGACAUCCUGUCCACCGCUCGAAAUCUUUUCAACUGCGCCACGCCCAUGGAGAGGGCCAUGGAUCGCUAUGAGGCCAAGUUGGAGGCGGACAAGCAGGCAGCAGCCGAAGGCAAUAAGAAGGCGGAGGAGCAGCCGCCAGGUAUGGGCACUCAGACCAAUAAGGAUGUGCCUGGACCAUCAGGAGCUGCGGAAGAGCCAGCUGCAACCGAUCAAACGGCCACUGCCAAGCCAACGGUCAAAGAGUGCUCCGCCCCAGAGGCAGGCUCCAAUUUGCUGAAGGGACUGCCCAAGUCGCUGAUCGAGAAGAUCCGGGCCAAGCAGGCGGCCAAGGCCUUGGAGGCGAUGACGCGGCGACCCUCGCAGGAUCAGGAGGCCACCAAGUACUCCCGCUUGCCGGAACUGGCCCGGCACCUGCGCAAUGUCUUCGUCACCGAGCGGAAGGGUGUGCUCACCCUGGAAGUGGUCAUCAAGAAGAUCCAGAACAGCUUCCGGGCCAAUCUCACGCCGCAGGAGAUCGAGGCGCACCUCAAGCUGCUGGCCAAGGAGCUGCCCAGCUGGGCAUCCUUCCAUGAGGUGCGCAAGACCAUGUACCUCAAGGUGGCCAAGGACCUGGACAUGAACAAGAUCAUCGAGAAGCUGGAGAGCGUGGCGAACGCGAAGAGCAACUGAACCGGAUACACGGAGGAAACGCAACCAGGACGCGGGACCCCGUCGAGCAAUGACCCUGUGGCUUCAUCCAGCUAUAGCUUUAAGUACCUUGCUUAACUAGCUAGCCCAAUACUUGAUAAUGCAACCAGAUUAGGCUAAGCUUCCAAACCAUUCUGACAUCUACUAAUACAUCGAACAUCCACAAGCACCUUGACAACCCAGGAUCGGAUUCAUCACAUUCAUUACCCAAGCAAUCAUUAUAACUAAUUCUAUUUGGACCAAGCGUUUAUACAUUUAUAUUUGGUAGUUUUAAGAUCAUUUUUCAUGUUGUACCACGUUGAAUAAAUAAAUAUUUUUGCUGGAAAAUUGUA